AUGUCCGCGAACAACGACAUUUUUAGAAUCAGGUUCGAUGCUGCAGGCGACACACAAAUAUCUGGUGAGCAGCUGGUGGAACUGGGCCUCUUCAUGGAUCACGACGGCAGCCUCUAUACCUUAGAAGACUGGAACAAUCCCGAGGGGAGGAUUCCACUGAUGGAGCAAGACUUGAGAGUUCGACGCCUUGUGAUCUUUUACAACAAGGUAGAGGGCAGUCUCUGCAUCGACGAGCACGUGGCGAAAGAGACAACAUCCGUCGUCGAGAUGCUUGAGGAGGAGAGCAACAAAACCGCCGCUUGUUGGAUUGACGCCGAACGUCGGCUCAAGAAGAAGGCCGAAGUGACCAUCAAGACCAUGGAACAUCAUCAAGCAGAGACCGAUAGGAAGCUUCAGAUUGCGCUGGCCGAGAUUGACGCCAUGAAAGCAAGGAGGGCGGAAGAGAGAAUCCAGGAACUGGAACAGGCCUUGAGCGAAUUGAAGCUUUCCGUAGACCGGACUAUUGAAGAAAAAGAUCAGGCCAUCGAGCAGAUACGCGUGCAAGCCGGUAUGUUCAGAGAACGUUUGCGAAGUGCCGAAGCAUCACAGGACCACGUCAACCAAGGCCUUCGAACAUCGAGACGUCGACGAUACUGCCGCCGAAACCAUGCCCUAGCCAAUCUCCAAGAGACAUCCACACAUAUCGGAGACCAAGUGAGCCUUGGAGAUGAACGGGAGAUCGCUAGUAGGAACUCGGCGGAUGCUCUUGUUGAAGAUGAUGGACAGGUUAUGUUCUAG